UAUUUUUAUUUCUUUUCUCAGAUAUACGGAACCGUGGUGAUAAUGGAUUUUGACGGGCUCUCUAUGAAACAAGUAACGGGAUUGUCACCAUCUUUCAGCAUGAGACUUCUUAGUUUUAUUCAAGAUGCAAUGCCAUUGCGUUUAAAGGAGAUUCAUUUUGUCAAGCAACCGUUUCUGUUUAAUAUGGUGUGGCAAAUGUUCAAACCAUUUGUUCGAGAAAAAUUGAGAAAGCGUAUGUUCUUCCACGGCUCCAAAAUGUCUUCUCUACAUGCUUACAUUCCACCGAGUCAUCUGCCGAAAAAUUACGAUGGUGAAUUGCCAGAAAUAGAUUAUAGCAGUGCCGAUUGGUAUCCACUAAUGCUUACUUAUGAAAAUAAAAUUAAAGAAUGGAACACUUAUGGACGUCGCAAGAAUUAAGAAGCAAAAUUUUUAUUAAAUAGUUAUCUUUAUAGAUGUUAAAUAUUUUUUAUAAUUUGCAAAUAAAGUUUGGAUUAUGGACAAUUUAAUAUAUUUUGUACAUGAUAUUGUAAAUGUAAUGGACAUAUGUACAUAUAGACAUAUGUACGUAUUUUAUAUAUAAAAAAUUUUUUUAUAAAUAAAAAUUGUAUUUGCAAUUUUAUCAAUAAUAAAAAUUGAUUGAAUUAUAACUUAACAAUUCUGAAAGUAAUUAGAAAUCUGUUGAUAUACAAAUAUGUAAAAUUUUAAUAAAAUUUUUAAUUUAUUAACAUAUAAACAUAUAAAUUUUAUAUUUUUAAUUUUUAUUUUAAAUUGCGUUUGCGCCAGUUUCUAAAGUAUGCUUUUUAUAUAAGAUGUUGUGUAAUCUAUUUCAUGUAAUAAUAUACUACAAUUACGGUAUGAUGUAAUAUAUACUAAUAUAAAUUUUAAUAUAUAAAGAAAGAUUAAUAGUGUUCUUAUUACUGAA